AUGAGCCUCCAUAAUGUUGUCGAAGCUCAACGAGCGUAUUUCAAUUCUGGUGCCACCAGAUCUCUGGCGUUUAGAAAAGAACAGUUGAAACAAUUGAAGAAAAUGUUAAUCGAAUGCGAGGGUGUUCUUUGUGAUUCAGUUUGGGAGGAUCAUAAACGACAACCAAAAAGCACGUAUCUUCUCGAGAUUGGCUCAACAAUCACCGAGAUCGACUAUUUCCUUGACAAUCUCGAUGACUGGGCAAAACCGGAGAAUGUUGCGAAAACAGUUCUGAAUUUGUUGGACACGCCACAGAUUAUUAAGGAUCCAAAGGGUGUGACUCUGAUCGUGGCUCCAUGGAAUUACCCUCAUUAUAUGGUCUUGCUUCCUCUCAUUCCUGCUAUUGGAGCCGGAAACACUGUCGUCAUCAAGCCAUCAGAAAUCUCUGAACAUUCCGCUAAAGCAAUGGCCGAAUGUAUUGGAAAAUACUUUGAUCCAAAAUAUUUGACCGUCGUCAAUGGUGGUGUUUCCGAGACAACUGAGCUUUUGAAGGAACGAUUUGAUCAUAUUCUGUACACCGGGUGUCCUCCAGUAGCAAAAAUCAUCAUGACCGCUGCUGCGAAACACCUAACACCGGUCACUUUGGAACUCGGAGGCAAAUGCCCUGUCAUAAUUCGCGAUGAUGCUGAUCUUGAGAUUUCGGCUAAACGAGUUGCUUGGGGUAAAUGGAUGAACUGUGGACAGACUUGUUUGGCUCCUGAUUACGUCUUGGUUACCGAAAAGAGCAAAGGAAAAUUCGUGGAUGCGCUGCGAAAAUCUAUUCGCGAAUUCUACGGAGACGAUAUUAAAUCAAGCAAGGAUUAUUCAAGGAUUAUCAGUGCACGCCACUACGAUCGAAUCUCUUCUCUACUCGACAAGUCACAUGGCAAAGUGUUGAUUCAAGAUGGAGAACGAGACCGAGAAGACCUUUUCAUUACACCCACCGUGCUUGAUGUGCAGAAAGAGGACACUUUUAUGGAGGAUGAGAUCUUUGGCCCCGUUCUCCCGAUUCUCACCAUCAACAGUUUUGAUGAGCAAUUGGAAUAUAUUAGGCAAGGGGAGAAGCCGUUGGCCGCGUACAUUUUUACAAGAAAUGAUCGUGAUGCGGAUCGUCUUUUGGCCGAGACAAGCAGUGGUGGUGUGACGGUGAAUGAUGUUAUCAUGCAUUUAUUGGUUGACACUCUACCAUUUGGAGGAGUUGGAAACUCAGGCAUGGGAAGAUACCGUGGAAAGUUUGGCUUUGACACCUUCAGUCACGAGAAAUCGGUCCUCAAGAAGGGAUUCUUCGGCGAAAGUUUGCUAUUUGCUCGUUAUCCUCCACUGACCGACAAAAAGUUCAAUCAAAUGAAAAUGCUGACGGGAAAAAGACGUACUCUUGGCUUCUUGACUCGCUUUGUGCCCACUUUGCCCAUCAUUAUGAUCUCCGUUUUGAUCGGAAUCGUUCUUCAGAAAUACCGUGCCGUGCUUGGA